AAGGAUGCGCUCGGGCAGCGGCAGUUCCAAACGGGUCCGGGCUUGUACACACGAUGGCCGAGAGGCAGCUCCCACCUUACCUGAACCUGGCCGAACUCACCGCCUCCCAGUUCCUGGAAGUCUGGAAACAUUACGAUGCAGACGGUAACGGGUACAUUGAGGGCAAGGAACUGGAGAAUUUCAUCCGAGAACUGCAGCGAGUGAGGAAAGGCGCCGGCGUGGAAAUACAGAUGAGGGAAUUUAUGGAAAAAUACGACAAGAAUGCGGAUGGGAGGAUUGAGAUGGCAGAGCUUGCCCAGAUUCUCCCAACAGAAGAGAACUUCUUGCUGUGCUUCCGGCAGUGUGUACGAUCCAGCGGAGAGUUCAUGGAGACCUGGCGGAAAUACGAUUCAGACUGUAGCGGGUACAUCGAAGCAAAUGAACUGAAGAGCUUCCUGGCGGACCUCUUGAAGAAAGCAAACAGGCACUACGACGACAAGAAGCUGCAGGAAUACACACAAACGAUACUGAAAAUGUUUGAUGCAAAUGGCGAUGGGAAACUGGGUCUUUCAGAGAUGGCACGUUUAUUGCCUGUUCAUGAAAAUUUUUUGCUAAAGUUUCAGGAUGACAGAGGAUCAAAGGGCAUGAAACUGAAUGCAGAGGAGUUCAAUGCAAUAUUCACAUUUUAUGACAGGGAUGGAAACGGUUACAUCGACAGUCAUGAGCUAGAUGCAUUACUGAGAGAUUUGUAUGAGAGAAAUAAAAAGGAGAUGGAUAUUAAGAAAGUAACUGCAUACAAGAAAAAUAUCUUGUCCCUGUCGCAUGGGGGCAAACUAUAUCGGCGGGAGCUGGAGAUGAUCCUGUGCACGGAGCCAUUGUAGGGAGAGAUCCAUCAACAAAUUAUGUAAUCCACGCCCCCACCCACCCCCACAGAACAUCACCCAGCGCAUGUGCAGUGCGUUCUGGAAACCACAAAUGUGCUUGCAUUGCAGAUUACAAAAUGUCACAAGGGACAAUUCACACACAGCAGUCGUCAUUAUUUUCUAUGUAUCUCCUUUUCUGCAUUUUAAAGCAACAAUCUAUAUAGCGAUAUACAUAUACACUGUAAUAUAUUAAAAAAAAGCACAUUGUGUUUUGGUAAAUCCUCUUGGUUGCCAAAGGUAUGCCCGAGAUCUAAAGCAGAAAGUCAGUUAUCCAUGAGGCAAUUUUUUUUUUUGGUGAUUUUGGUACAUUGUACUGUUGUUUUCAUCACUUUGUCCUGACUCUGAAAUUGGAUGGUCUGUAGAAUAAAUGGUAAACUAGAUUAUGAGCUCACCUGGGACCCAUCAAAGUGAAAGCCCAGAGGGUGUUAGUAACUUCCCAUAUUUUAUCCGCAUUCCCAUAUUUUGUCCCCAUUCAUAUUUUUUGUGGAUCUGCCCUUCACCACUAUAUCUGCCUUUCCCACUGUCACCAUCCCCUCUCCAACCCCCCCCCCC